GUUUAUAUAGUUGUGGUGGUUGUUAUUUAUUGUAAACACGUGUACUAUGGCUCUUUUAGCUAAAAAUGAAAAUUUAAAACUUGUACCAUGGUUUUCUCUUGCGGAAUGGCAUCAAGUUUACAAACAAAUUUACUCGAACGAUACCCAGGCACAGACAAAAGGUUAUGAGACCUUACUUGUAUGGAAAGCUCGAAUGCCAAAGCUGCCCGUAGGAGUAGAUUGCACGCUUUCAUUAAUGCAAGUGUGUCUUCGAGACAGAGAUUGGAGUCCCAAAAUAAACAAUGGAGAAUUGCCACUGUCUUAUGAAAAUGACUUGUGUUUGUUGUACUCAACGACAAUAAUGAAAUUUUUAAAUCACAUUGCUAAUAUUGGAAAUACAAGACAUACUUCGUUGUUUAAAAUUGCAAGACAAUUAAAUAUUCCCAAGUGGAUUGUUCAUUUACGACAUAAUGCUGCUCACGGUCAUGAACUUGCGUCAAUAGAGUUACUGAGGACAGCAGCUAACGUGUUAUUAAGUUGGGUUCACGAUGAAUACUGGACAGCUCAAGGGAAAAAAAGUAUUGACCAGCAAUGUUCCAGAGAUUUUGAAAUUCCUGACAGUGAAGAAACAGCAGAAGCUCGAGUACUUGUUGAUCUUAUUGAGUUGUGGAUUGCAGUCGGUCUCUACAUGGCGGUAGAUUAUCAUUCGGUAUCAGAUUUGCCUGAUGAACAUCUUCGAGAUACAUUGAAUGAUUUAAAAAAUUACUCCAAAAAAUCACGGAAUAGUUUAAAUGAGAAAAAAGAUAAUAGUGAUAGCGAUUAUCCUUUGUCUAUAGCACGUUUAUAUUUAUUGACUGAUAUUUUCACAAUUCUCAGUCGUUAUAAAACUUCAUAUGACAAAACACAGGUCGUGCUGAAUAUUUUAUUCAAAAAUGAAGCUUUUUUACCAACUUCUGAUUUUCUUAACUUGCUUAUUAGCAAAUCAGAAUCCACAGAAACUACUGACUAUUCAUGUUUACCAGAGGUGAUGAUAAAACUUUGGCAACCCUUUAUUGCUAUGCUACAUGAAAGAAAAAUGCUUGAAGCUUUGACAUUGAAAUUAAUUGACUUUACAAAAUCAUCAGUUGAUAACCAUAGGAGAUUGUGUGCAGCAUUGUGGAUCAAUGCCGUUGCUCAAGGAUUGAUUAAAAUAAAAAUAGCUCAAGAUAAGAUACAAGUAUUUGAGCAUUCCAUGCUGAAGAAUAAUAAAAAAGUUAAUCCAAAAUUGUUGGAAAUGAAAUUGAAAGAAGAACUCAAUAAGUCACAUCCAGAAUUGGAGCAUGCUUUGUGGUUGAACUUUAUGUCUGAUAUACCACCGAUGUUUAUCAAUAUUAAUUUUGCUUCUGAUUUAGCAAUUAAUGUCAAUGAAUUUACUAUUAAAUUUAUUGAACCAAUUUUAGACUUGGUUGAACCACGUAUUGAUGCUGAGAAAAAGACUCAAUUAUUAUCUAUAAUUCGUAUUCAUCGUCAUACCAAUACUGACGAUAAAAAUAAUAUGGACAGUGAUAGAAUAAGUUCUCAGCAUAAUUUUAAUAAAAUUUACACAAUUGAAGAUGUUAAAAAAAUUACUGGGAAUGAAUUUAAUCAUAUUGGCCACAGCAGUAAAAAUAAUGCUACUUGUGAGAAGAUAGAUUUAGCUGACAUGAAAAUUCGUAAUACAAAUUGGGAAUUGGCUUCAGAUAAGUAUAAUUGGAAAAGCAGUGAUUUCGGUAUUCUGCCAUGGCAAAUUGAUAAUUUAGAAAGAAUUGAAUCCAAAGAUGUUACUCCAAAAUUACUCUAUCCUUCAAGAGAGUCUGAUAUUAUUCCUGGAAUAAUUGACAGUAAAACGAUAAUGUCAUGCAGUCAAAUUGAUUGGGAUACAGUUUUACUAAAGAAGAAACAACGAGUGAAACGUAAACGUAAGAAUAAUGACGCAGAUGAUAUGAUAAAUAAAGCUAUUGAAAUUGUAAAAACAAAAAAUAAUAAUUAA